AUGUGUAAUGAAAACGAAAGCCUAUUGUCUCAAACUUUUGAUGGAGUUAUAGAAAACAUUUUAUACUUAUGUACAUUCAAAGAUUCUGAGAAAUGGGCAUUUUUAAAUCCUCAAGUUACUGGUGCUUGUGGUAAAAUAGAUAUUAUAAAGGAUAGAAUCAGAACCAAUUUUCCAAAUCUAAUUAUGGGUGCUCAAAAUUUCAAAUAUAAAAUAUCUGAUAUAUUGAAUAAGCCAUUCGAGUCUUUUUUUAGUCAUAUUGCUUCUUUACCUAAAAAUUUAUAUGCAUAUCAGUAUUCUGCACUUCUGGAUAUUAAAGAUGACGUAUCUUACCAAAUGUAA